AACAUGUAGUACCUCAUUUCCUUGCAAUUAUUAUUAAAUGUACACUCAGUUUGCUGAUUACUCAUCAAAUACACCAUUUGUACAAGUACACUGAAUAUCCUCGAAAUAAGCUUUAUGUACAUAUUAACCGGCAUAUAUUUCAUUGAGUAUUUAUUCAUUCAUCUUUUUGUCAUUUUUCUGCAGCACUUUCCAACUACUUAAUUCAGAACAUGCACCUGUCUAUUUGGACAAAAUUAAAAUUUUACGCUUAGCAUUUUUAUUAUUAAGUCGUUGAACUUGCAAACAGUGCCAAAAUCACUGUUUUUUGCAUCUCGGUAGACUUAUGUUGUAGCAUAUUUGUUGAAUCAAAGCAAAAUGCGAUUCUCGUCUCUUGAAGUCCUUAAUUCAAUAAUAUAUGUGACACUCAUUUCAAUAAGUUUUGCGACUUGCUUUCCACAACAACCUCUGCAACCUCAAGAUCAACGUCCUCCAAGAAAGGGUUCAAAUUAUCCUUCCCUCCCGAUAUCUUCGUCUGCAAGCGACGACGAAGUUAUCGUAAGAAAUUGUAGGUCUAUCAAAGGUGUGGUGAAUAGAUUAUAUGAGCGAGCAGUCAGGAAGGAUGAACCACUGGUCUUCAUUUUCUAUGUGGAUCGGAAAUAUUUUCAGGAUGCUCAUAAUACCAACUUGAGAAUAGAAAUGGAAGUUGAUUACAGGACGACUCUCAAUGAGCCUGUUCUUUUUGCAGUAGGGCAGAGAAAAUACAUCAGUACAUUUGAGCUGCCCCAAGUUUUCGGAACCGAAAAUGUUACACGAAGCACACCAAUAUAUUACACGGCAGGAAGAACACUUUGCAUUCAAAGAAAGGAUGCAAUUAUUGAGGGUCAAAAUAUUACGGUCCGUGUUACAACUUCGAGUAUUGGAUACAUUAGUUAUCGACUCAAAUUGCAUCUCACUUCGGAUUUUCAACUCCCGAUGGGGAAAGAAAUUUAUCUCGACGUCUCACCUUCAAAUACGAAAUAUCUAGGUUUUCAAUCAAGUAGACCUGACCUUGGUGUUGUUAAAAUUAAGGCCUCUUCAGCCACGGGAUCAUGCAUGACGCUAUCAAUUCAACCCCCACAUUGCCCGAUUUACGACAAAGAGGCAAGUGUGCGGCAUAAAGGGCUUUGGCAGACCAUGUCGUUCUCUGCUGCCAUGACCUUGGAGUUGGUCAAUCGCUUUAAAGAUGGAUUUGUUGUUGUGCUUGUGGCUCAUGAUUCUGACAGUAGGUGUUCAAAAUCGGGAUAUAUAAAUCCUUAUGACCUACCACCAAUGCCAGGAGGAGGAACUAAUAGCGUUGCAGGUGGAACAAAUAACAAGUCCCCAAUUUUCGGAGCUGUAUUCGGGAGCGGUCCAUCCCCUCGAAGUAAAAAUGUGACGUUGAUAAUCACAAACGAAAGUUCCGUGUCUGGUUGGAUCGUGUUCCUUGUGAUGGCAAUUCCAGUCUUUGUGACAAUUCUCCUCGUAGUAUUGGUCACCUGUCUCUUCAGAAAUCGACACAAUUGGAUGAGAGUUGAAGCUGAAAAGCAAUUUAGACUGGCAGAAUCGGAAUCUGGUUUCAUAAGUUCGGCAAAAGAAUCUGGGGUUGCGCGACCACAACGUCUCAACAUGCAACCUUCAGACGACCUGGUUCUCCAUGAUUUGGGCGUUCUGCCAAGUCCCACAGAAGACCCAGAAGAUGCAGACUCUCCUGAAAGUAGACUAAAUAGCUCGAGAGGUGAAGGUAUUUUGAGCCCAACAAUACGACGUCAACCCUCUGACUAUUUAAAAGCACCCAUAGAACGUUUCUAUGAAAAGAAGGAUGGUCAAAACAGUGGUGGAAGAAUUCGAUGGAGAGCAAAUCUUAAAAUCGGGGACUUUAACCAGAAAAAUCCAUUUGAUACGAAAAAGUCUGGACGGCGAUUUUACUGGACAAUUGUUAUCGUGGCAAUAUUUUAUUGCAUUCCUGUGUAUCAACUCAUUUUACAUUACUUGAGGGUUCUAUAUCGAACCGGCGAUUACGACCUGUGUUACUACAACUAUUUGUGUUCUCACCGACUUGGACUGUUCAUUGAUUUUAAUCACUUUUGGUCUAAUAUUUCGUACAUAAUCUUUGGGCUUGCUUUUAUCUUCCUCGUGGGUCGUAGGGCACAUGCUAUGAGUUUGGUGAAGAUUUCAACAAGGCAACUUAGUCGAAGGAAAAGGACCGGGGGUGCUACAGGCUAUAUUGUCGAAUAUGAUGAUCAAACCCACCCUGGGUAUCUGAAAAGAUGUUGUGGAUACGCAAAAAUUCCAACACAAUUGGGACAUGGGAUCCCUCAUAACUGGGGCAUUUUCUAUGCCUUAGGAGUUGCACUUGCUAUGGAAGGAGUACUAUCUUCCGCCUAUCACCUUUGUCCAAAUCAAUCAAGCUUCCAAUUUGAUACCUGCUUUAUGUAUGUGAUAUCAGUCCUAAUUUUGUUGAAAAUUUAUCAGUUCCGACACUCUGUGUAUUUUGGAGCAAAUCAUACAUUCCUUAUUCUUGCUGCUUUCGUGCUCAUUUCUGUGAUUGGUCUGAUGUUCGAAUUCCAGGGGGAUGGAGCAAAAAAGGCUUACAGAUGGACAUUUAUUGGUUUCCAAUUUGUCGCAAUGCUACUCAUUGCUACAUACUUUUAUAGUUUUGGAUAUAUUCGAUCUGGUGACAACCAAGGUUUCCUCACAGAUAUUAGAAUUCUACGGAAUCUUGGUCAACUAAAAGAUCAGCAAAUUAAUGGAGAUAGACUAAUUCUCCCACUAAUAUCUUUACUCCUUGGAAUUGCUGUCCUUAUCUAUUGUGAAUUGACAAACAUUGAUUUCGCGACAUACCUUUUAUACGUACUAGUUUCCAAUGUAAUUGGUUCCACAUUAUACUAUGUGGGAAUCAUGAAGCCAUUACAUGGAGAAUUUAAGAAUAACACUUGGGUUCAGCCGUGUCUGUACUUUUUGGGGGCAGGAAUAAUCGGUGGAUUUGCAGUCAAUUACUUUGUUCGGUCCCCAGCCGCGUGGGAAUUAUCUGCCGCAGCAUCACGAGCUGGGAACGAAGAAUGCAUGGGCUGGUGGUUUCCAUUCUAUCCGUACUACGACAGUCAUGACGUAUGGCACUUUCUCUCUGCAGCAGCUCUCUUCCUAUCAUUUAUGGCUUUACUUAUUGUGGAUGACGACUUGUUGACAACUCCUCAGGAUAAAAUCCACGUUUUUUAACAGAACUCAUCAUCAUUUACAUAAAAUAUUAUUGGUAAUUAGCCUUAAAUGUGCUACCGCGGCUGGUUGUCUAUAUUAAUGGAGAGUCUGGCCAUCCCAUAAAAAAAUAUAUAAAUAAGGUUAUUGUAAUAAUCUGAAAAAUUAAAUCAGGAUGCAGUAAGCAUAAGAUUAAAUGCCACGUGAAUUAUUCCAACUCCGACUCCCUCGAAA